UCAUGAUGGAGGAUCACUGGUCCCUCACAUCACCAGAUGACUGCACCAGGAGCUCAGAGGAGCAUGUUAUAUAUUUGGGUUUUACAGCAGAUGAUUGUGGUAUCACACAAGAUGAAGAUAUACCCUCAGGCCUUCACAGCAAAGAUCUAUCAUCUGAUGCCUUUAACCAGUUCUUAUCUUCUGAUUUAUCACAGACUGUUCAGCAAAACAAAAGUUUUAGAACUGCUACUGUAUGCCAAAGAGCUAACAUAGCGGAGAAACCAUUCUUAUGUUUAGAAUGUGGCAAAUGUUUUAACCAUAAAUCUGAUCUUGCUAGACAUCAGAGAAUUCACACAGGGGAGAAGCCAUUUUCAUGUUCAGAGUGUGGGAAAUGUUUUCUAGAUAAAUCAGAUCUUGUUAGACAUCAGAUAACUCACACAGGGGAGAAGCCAUUUUCAUGUUCAGAAUGUGGCAAAUGUUUUAACCAGAAAUCAAAUCUUGGUAAACAUGAGAGAAUUCACACAGGGGAGAAGCCAUUUUUCUGCUUAGAAUGUGGGAAAUGUUUUAUAAAUAAAGCAAAUCUUCUUAGACAUGAGAGAGUUCACACAGGGGAGAAGCCAUUUCCAUGUUCAGAAUGUGGGAAAUGUUUUAACCAGAAAUCAGAUCUUGUUAUUCAUCAAAGAAUUCACACAGGGUGGAAGCCAUUUUUAUGUUCAGAAUGUGGGAAAUGUUUUGUUGACAAAUCAGAUCUUGUUAAACAUCAGAGAAUUCACACAGGGGAGAAGCCAUUUUCUUGCCCAGAAUGUGGGAAAAGUUUUGCUCGAAAAUCAAAUCUUGUUGACCAUCAGAAAUUCUCACACAAGGCUGAAGACUUAUAGAGGUAGGCUUCCUAGCUACAACAAACUUAAGAGCAAGUUCUGUGGAAGUUAGAGAUAGUUGUCUGCUAUGAGGGGCAAGUUGCGUGUAUCUUCGUAAAGCAUCUUUGAUGUUAUUGUAACCAGCAUGCAAUGGUAUACUGUUUGAUACUGUAUUGUUUUAUACCAUGUACCCCAUUGAGUCAUGUAUGGUAGGAUCUGGAAACUAUUGUCUCAGUGGCAUCGACACAUCCUGCGUUAGUUGAUGACUUCAGGAAUGACAUUUCUGGAUGUCAACCUCCUGGAUUAAGUGUCAAUCAGAAGGGACCUUGGAUCCUUGAACAUAAUUUGACCGUGCACAUUGUGACACCGGAGCGUUGCACUGUAAUGUCUCUUUGUGGGGCUGAGGUGUGUCUAUAUAAGUGAGAGUGUACACAGUCAGCACAGGAGAAGACCUGAGCAGUAUAGGGCUACUGUUCUCGUCAAACUAAAAGUAACAG